AUGUGUUGUUUAAGAUUACUUUUCUUCUUCUUCUUCUCCUUCUUUCUCAUACACCCUGUUACUCGCACCGAUGCCCAGUGCUCUAAUGACAAUGGUAACUACACCAGUAACAGUACUUACAGGGCAAACCUCAACACCCUCCUGGCCUCCAUGUCUUCCAACACCGAGAUUGAUUACGGGUUUUUCAAUUUCUCAGCCGGAGAAACUCCCGACAAAGUAAACGUUAUUGCACUUUGUAGAGGAGACAUUUCGCCGGAAGAAUGCCGUAGUUGUGUCAAUUCGUCGAGUUAUGAACUAUUACAAAAUUGUCCCAACCAGAAGGAGGCAAUCACAUGGCCCGAAAAAUGUAUGCUACGAUACUCAAACAGAUCUAUACUUGGUGUUAUGGAGGAUUCCAUUAUACGUGCCUCGUACAACAUCGGAGAUGUCCCGGACGUCGAAGGGUUCAACGGAGUGCUAGGUCCCUUGUUAGAUAGACUAAUAAGCCGCGCCGCAUCGGGAAAUUCUACUCGCAAGUUUGCUGUGGAAAGCGCGACUGCUCCCAAGUUCCAAACGAUACAUGCACUUGUGGAGUGCACUCCUGAUUUGGACCGGCUACAAUGCAACAAUUGCCUGGAUACAGUUAAAGGAUAUAUUCCACAAUGUUGUAAUGGAAAGCAGGGAGGGAAAUUUGCGGCACACAGCUGUGAUAUAAGGUUUGAGAUAUACGGUUUCUAUGACACUACAUAUGAGGCACCACCACCGUCAGUGCCACCGCCAUCACCGGUGCCACCACCAUCGACCCCACCGGUACUACCGCCUCCACCUACACAAGUUCUUUAA